UUGUUUGGUUUAGCUAUCCUUGAGGGAUAAAUUAAUCAGAAACACGGUUUCAGUUGUUUGCUACACUAUAUAUAAGACUGCUAACUUUAGACUGCAAGUUAGUCAGAUAAGAGUUUUAAUUAAGGUAAAGAAAUCAAAUUUUAAGAAGAAAAAGAAAGAGAGAUUUAUCAAACAGUAGUAAGUGAAUUGCAAAGAAAAUGGUGAGAACACCAAUUAUUGACAAGAAUGGAAUAAAAAGAGGUGCAUGGAGUGAAGACGAAGACAACAAAUUAAGAGCUUAUGUUGAAAGAUUUGGUCAUCCCAAUUGGCGGCAAUUGCCUAAAUAUGCUGGUCUAAUGAGAUGUGGGAAGAGCUGCAGACUGAGAUGGAUGAAUCACUUGAGGCCUGGUUUGAAGAAAGGCAAUUAUAGCCUUGAAGAGGAACAACUCAUAAUUAAAUUACACAAGGAACUGGGUAACAGAUGGUCAGUGAUUGCUGCAAACUUACCAGGUAGAUCGGACAAUGAUGUGAAAAACCAUUGGCAUGCUCAUCUCAAGAAACGUGUGAGACUAACAAAUUGUAUCAAUAAUUCAUCAAUGUCUAUGGAGCAAUUUACUGAGUCUACGCAGUCUGGAUCGUCUCAAUUAGAUGAACGGUCUGCUAGUAUGAAUGUUGUUGUUGACACUUCACCAACCUUACUGCCAACCUCGUUCCCAGAGGUUUCAUCAAGUGAUUUAUAUUCCAUAACGGACUGGAUCGAAGAAGAGUCAAUGGAACAACUUCCUAUUUUGAGUUCAAUGGAACUACUUGCAGCAGACACUUUUUCCUGGACAAAUUAUCCCAUUGACAAUUUUCAGACAGAAUCCUUUGACCACUUUUGGACCCAACCCUACGAUACUUUCUUUUAAUUCUUAAUGCUUCAAGACUUCAGUUCUUAACACACUACAAAUUUUUGGAUAAAGAUGAGGACAUGUCUUUCUUUGUUUUCCACCCAACGUCCUCUAUCCAUAUGAGACCCAAUUAAAUUCAUAUUUGCAUGUUUGCAAGACUAUCUAACGAGAUUUUCUCCAUUCUAAAGGACUCAAACCUUAAUCAUUUGAUUAGGAGCGGAAAGAUCCUGAAUAUAUUCCCAGCACAAACCAUGUACUGAAGUCUAUAGUCUAUUGCUGAAUGACAUUUCAGAGCUUUUAGUUUUGUACUUUGAAUGAAUAAUAACAUAGCACUACCCCUUAUCAAGCUUGUCACUUUCCAUUAGUCAAAUUGUCUUAUUAGGCAAUUGAUCCUUCCUCCUACGUGGUAAAAGGAUAUUCUUACUAUUAUUUUUGUUCAAAAUAAGUGAAUUGUUAUUUAUUUUUUAAGUAAUAUAUUAAAAAUUUAUUUCAA